AUGGCGAGAGGGAGAAAUUGAAUGAGAGGGGUUAGAGCGAAACUGAGAGGAGACACCACAACAAAACUUCUCCAACGAUCAAGCAAGUGGAACUACAGACUGGCUUCUGUCAUUGUCUCCCCGCAUGGCUGCUGAGUUCCUGUGAAUCUAACUUCAGUAUAAAGUUCUGGUGGCGGAGGCAGAGGGGGGUCUCCGCUUGGAAAAGAUGGACCAUGUAAUAAGAACCAGGUCGCGCAGGAGAAUACCGCUAUUUAUUUGCAUCUUGCUUCACGUAACGAUGACACACGCUGCUGAGCCCAUUGAUGUUUUGCAAAUGCUGGAUCUGUCAGAGAGCAUGGAAGGAGUGUCCUUAGAGGCUGGUCUCUGCACCAGCAGGAGGGGCUCGGAGGAAAGCGACCUGGCCUACACGAUAGACAAAAAGAUCCAGCUCAGUGCUCCAACCAAACAGCUCUUCCCUGAUUCCACCAAAUUUCCAGAAAAUUUCUCUGUGAUGGCUACAGUGAGAGCUAAAAAGGGCUCCCAGUUUUUCCUGCUUUCAGUUUAUGACGAUCAGGGGGUACAGCAGCUGGGGCUGGAAGUGGGCCGUUCGCCUGUCUUCCUGUAUGAGGACCAGCAUGGGCAGCCCACACCAGAAUUAUAUCCCAUCUUCAAGAAGAUCGACCUGGCUGAUGGAAAAUGGCACAGAAUAGCCUACAGUGUGCUGGACAAAUCUGUGACCCUCUACUUAGACUGUAAGAGAGUAGAGACCCUGGAUCUGCUGCGAGGGGACAACGCUGUAGUCAGCACAGAUGGUGCCACUGUGUUUGGCACUCGGCUGCUAGACGAAGAUGUAUUUGAGGGAGAUAUUCAGCAGUUACUGAUUCUGGAGGACCCCCAGGCGGCUGUCAACUACUGUGUAGACUACAUACCAGACUGUGACUCUGCGUUGCCCUACAACAACAAAGCCCUGGUCCUACAGAAGAACUCCCAACAUUGGUCUGAUGCUCUGAUGCAAAGUGACCAGCCUGAUGAACCAAAGGAGAACUCCAAAAAGGAAAGGAAUGGCAAAAAGAACAAAAAGAAGAGGGACAAGGGCUCUAAUGGAAAAGGCAAGGGCAAGGGCAAGAAGGGAUCCAAAAAGAAGAAACAUGAAGAGGAGGUUCUUGAGGAUGGCUUCCUUAGUGUGUCCACAACACUGCUUGAGUAUCUGUCUCAAGAACCUUUUCAGCCCACGGAGUUGCCAGAUUUUAAGAACACACUAGAAACUGUCAUCCUAACUGAAGACUACGACAAGACCCUCAUGGAGAUGCCCACACAUGAACCUGACUCUACGACUGAGUCCCCCCCUGUGGUGCCAAGUGCAUUUCCUGAAUCAAAGGUUUCCGAGGAGGAGGACAAGCCCGUGAAGAAGCCAGUAAUUGAGGAGCCUGUGGAUGACCUUUACGGAGACCUCUAUGAUGAUCUCUCAGUUUCCACGGUAACAGUGGGCCCAAAUGUUACUGAAUAUGAGAUUCUGGAAAAUGAAGAUUACAAGAAUGACACAGAGUCGGAGUAUGAAGAGUAUGAAAUAUAUGAGGACGGCUAUGAAUUUGCAGAGCGGGAAAGAGCAGGGACGUGGGAUGGAGAGGCUAGCCUCAGAGCAGAGAAAGGCCAGAAGGGAGAGCCAGCUAUUAUUGAGCCGGGUAUGAUAGUGGAAGGACCCCCGGGUCUACCAGGGCAACAGGGGCUCGCUGGCCCAGCUGGCCCAACAGGCCGCCCAGGACCCCGGGGAGAUCCUGGUGAAUUGGGACCCCCAGGACGUCCCGGUCUUGCUGGGGUUGAUGGGAUUCCAGGUUCUCCAGGAACCCUGUUGAUGCUACCAUUCCAGUAUGGAGGUGAUUCCCAGAAAGGACCUGUGGUGUCUCCCCAGGAGGCGCAGGCACAGGCUAUCCUCCAACAGACCAAGCUGUCACUAGCGGGACCUCCAGGUCCAAUGGGUCUUACAGGGCGACCAGGCCCAGUGGGAAUUCAAGGUCCCUCUGGGCUUAAAGGAGACAGUGGAGACAGUGGCCCUUCUGGACCACGUGGGUUGAUAGGCUCUCCAGGAAUCAAUGGGAAGCCAGGAAAGAGGGGGCCUGCAGGAGCGGACGGAGGUCGCGGAGCUCCAGGUGAAACAGGCUCGAAGGGUGACAGGGGUUUUGAUGGCCUGCCAGGUCUCCCAGGAAACAAGGGACACAGAGGGGAUAGAGGAAAGCCGGGUCCUCAUGGGCCUGUCGGAGAGCCAGGAGAAAAGGGAUCUGAUGGACCUGUGGGCCCAGGAGGGCAACCAGGUGAACCCGGUUCUCGGGGUCUCGUUGGGCCGAGGGGGGCACCUGGCACACCUGGCCAGCCGGGUGUUCGUGGAACUGAUGGAGUACAAGGGCCUAAGGGCAACCUGGGUCCAGCUGGAGAGAUAGGGCCCCCAGGUCAACAGGGAAAUCCAGGAGUACAGGGCUUGCCUGGUCCUCAGGGUCCCGUUGGAUUGCCAGGAGAGAAGGGUCCCCAGGGGAAACCAGGCAUGCAGGGACUACCGGGCAUUGAUGGCCCUACCGGUCACCCAGGUAGAGAGGGCCCCGCGGGAGAGAAAGGCAUCCAAGGUUUACUAGGCCCUCAGGGGCCUGUUGGGUACCCAGGGACCCGUGGAGUCAAGGGAGCAGAUGGAGUUAGGGGUCUAAAAGGGAGCAAAGGAGAGAAGGGAGAAGAUGGCUUCCCAGGGUUCAAAGGUGACAUGGGCACCAAGGGAGACAAGGGUGAUAAUGGCGCUACUGGUGCUCGUGGAGAGGAUGGACCAGAGGGGCCAAAGGGCCAAGCAGGGCCCCUGGGAGAUGGAGGAGCUAUCGGGAUAGCUGGCGAGAAGGGUAAACUUGGUGUGCCGGGAUUGCCAGGAUACCCAGGAAGACAAGGUUCUAAGGGAUCACUUGGCUUCCCCGGUGUGGCCGGCGCCUUGGGAGAGAAAGGACGAAGGGGUCCAGCUGGUCAGCCGGGGCCUGGGGGCCAAAGAGGUCCUAAUGGAGCCCGGGGGGGGAGAGGAGCAAAGGGGCCCACUGGAAAGCCUGGAGAAAAGGGUUCUGCUGGACAAGACGGUCCUCAAGGAUCCCCUGGAGAACAGGGCCCCCAUGGACCACAGGGAAGAAACGGGGAAGCAGGACCUAGAGGGCCUAAUGGUCCACCUGGAAAAGAUGGAUUACCAGGUCAUCCUGGUCAGAGAGGGGAACCAGGCUUUCAAGGCAAGAACGGCCCCCCCGGGCCCUCAGGUGUUGUUGGACCACAGGGUAAGUCUGGUGAGACAGGGCCAACUGGAGACAGAGGCCAUCCAGGUUCACCGGGACCACCGGGUGAGCAGGGUUUACCAGGAUCAGCCGGAAAGGAGGGUGCCAAAGGAGACCCGGGACCAUCAGGAGCCUUAGGGAAAAGUGGCCCUGCUGGGCUCCAAGGCUUCAGAGGUAGCAGAGGGACAAACGGGGCAAUGGGUCCUGCAGGUCUGAAGGGAGGCGAGGGUCUACCUGGUGUUGCAGGCGCUAUUGGUGCCACCGGAGAGAGGGGCCCCGCUGGGCCGGCUGGCGCCAUCGGCCAGCCGGGACGGCAGGGCGGUGUUGGCCCCGCUGGGCCGAUGGGAGAGAAAGGCGAGCCAGGAGAGAAGGGGCCUGUGGGGCCGGCUGGGCAAGAUGGGGAACUGGGACCCGCAGGGCUGCCAGGGGCUGCAGGACCUCUUGGACCUCCAGGAGAGGACGGAGACAAGGGAGAGACAGGAGGACUAGGCCAGAAGGGCAGCAAAGGAGACAAAGGAGAAGCGGGUCCCCCAGGACCUGUUGGAAGUCAAGGGCCUGUGGGCCAACCAGGACUGCCAGGUGCAGAUGGUGAGCCAGGUUCUCGUGGGCAGCAGGGCAUGAAUGGAGGGAAAGGAGAUGAAGGACAUAGAGGCUUUAAGGGGGCAUCUGGUCCUUCUGGACUACAGGGAAUGCCAGGACCACCAGGAGACAAAGGAGAAAGCGGGCAUGUGGGCUCAAUGGGACCUCCGGGACAGCAUGGCCCACGAGGCCCCCAGGGGUCCAUUGGUGGAGAGGGCACACCUGGAAUGACUGGUGGAGUUGGUCAGCCUGGACUUGUUGGAGAGAAGGGUGAGGACGGAGAAGGUGGAGACCCUGGGUCAGUUGGAGAGCCCGGCAUUGCUGGUGCUAAAGGCGAUGUGGGGGAGAAGGGUGACUCUGGCCCUCCCGGUACAGCUGGGCCUCCAGGAUCAAGAGGAACACCAGGGGAGGAUGGACCCAAAGGCAACCUUGGCCCUAUUGGGUUCCCUGGAGAUACAGGGCCACCUGGAGAACCUGGCGUCAAUGGAGUAGAUGGUGGACUGGGACCAAAAGGAGACAAUGGAGAACCUGGCAAAGCAGGACCUGCAGGAGCCUCUGGAGAGCCAGGUCCUACAGGACCUCCUGGACGGAGGGGUCAUAUAGGUGCUGCAGGAAAAGAAGGGAAGCAAGGCAUGAAGGGAGCCAAGGGGACAACAGGAACCCAGGGUUCAGUGGGGAAGACCGGCCCAGUGGGACCCCAAGGGCAGCCAGGGAGGUCUGGCCCAGAAGGUCUCCGAGGCAUCCCAGGGCCCGCGGGUGAGCAAGGGUUAAAUGGGCCACCAGGACAAAACGGACCACCCGGACCAAUAGGGCCACCAGGACUUCCGGGAUUAAAAGGAAACCCUGGAAACAAGGGAGAGAAAGGUCAUGGUGGGUUGAUCGGUCUAAUUGGGCCCCCAGGUGAACCUGGCGAGAAGGGAGACAGAGGCCUGCCAGGAAACCAGGGUACACAAGGACCUAAAGGAGAUGAGGGUGUAGCUGGUGAUAAAGGAUCGAAGGGAGAAAUGGGUAUGGUUGGUCCCAGAGGAGAUACAGGCCCUGCUGGCCUCCCUGGACCCCCAGGACCCCCUGCCACAAUGAUUGAGCCCCUGCCUAUCAGGGAGGGCAGGCGGAAGAGACGAAGGAACUCUGACCGCGCAGGAGGAGCAGCCCCAUCCAGAGAAAAGGAGGAGGAUCUGGAUGUGGAGGAGUUCCUCCAGGGAGAUCAGCCUCUAGAGGACGCUGAGGGAAUGGAAGAAGUUUUUGCCACCCUGUCUUCAAUGAAAACAGAAGUGGAGGUGAUGAGGAGGCCCCUAGGAACCUUUGAGAGCCCUGCCCGGACCUGCAAAGAGCUCAUGAUGGUCCAGCAUGACUACAAAGAUGGAGACUACUGGAUUGAUCCUAACCAGGGCUGUCACAGAGACUCCAUCAAGGUCUACUGUAACUUCACAGCUGAUGGAGAGACAUGUCUCUACCCUGACAAGAGGAUUGAGAAUGUGAAAUUGGCAGCAUGGAACAAAGAGAAGCCAGGAAGCUGGUACAGCCAAUACAGGAAAGGCAAGCAGUUCUCCUACAGUGACAGCGAUGGGAACCCUGUGCACGUAGUUCAGCUGACCUUCCUCAAACUACUGAGUGCCACAGCCAAGCAGAGCUUCACCUAUACCUGUCAGAACUCAGCAGGCUGGUUUGACAGUACAUCACGCUCCUACCAGCUUGCCCUCCGCUUCCGGGGCAGCAAUGACGAGGAGCUGACACAAGCCAAAAGCCCCUUCAUCAGUGCAGUGCAUGAUGGAUGCCAGUUCCGCAAAGGUCAGGAAAGGACUGUUCUAGAGAUUGACUCCCCCUCUGCAGAGCUGCUUCCUAUUAUAAAUGUGGCUCCAGCAGAUUUUGGCAACAGCAACCAGAAGUUUGGAUUCCAAGUUGGACGAGUAUGCUUCAAUGGUUAAAAUCUUGCCAAAAAAACAACAAACAGACCUGCACAGCAAGUUUCUAGUAAAAGAAAUUGGACUUUUGCCACUGCCCCAAGCAAUAUUUAUUAUCUUAUGUUCCUGUAUGUGGUGGGUUUGUUGUAUAUUAUUCAAGACUCUUCAGCAGCCAAUGAAAUAGCUUCUUUGGCUUUACAACAAUAAGAAGAAUGGCAAAAAAGAGGACAGGUACCAGUGGGAACAAAGCACAUUUACCAAAGGGAAAUAUUCCUAUUAGACAUAUUUAAAUUUUAAGUUUUCUUCUUUUUCUCUCACACUGUUUGAGUGUGUCGCAGUUGAUCCUCUAGAAUUAUGAGGACUGCACCACUUGACGAUGACCACUACUAAACAAGACACAUCUGUCCAAUGAUGAUUAUGAUACCAGAAAGGAACAGUCUGUCAUUCUGUGGUAUGGGUCUUUUCAGACCUUGGAUGAAUUAGUUGUUCCCUGAUGUUUUACAAAGACUACAGCGAUACGUUGUCAUACUCAUUUGCAUGCUCAGAUUUCACUUUAAUGACAAUUGCAUAGCAGUUGUGAACUAGCCUAGCAUAUCAAUUCCACACAAGAACCGUCAUUAAUUUCCUUUAAUUCCUGUGUGCAGGAAUAAUAAAUUGUCCUUUAUAUCCUUCAACUGCAGUUUUCUCAGUGAAUUACCUUGAUUAGUAUUCAUUUAAUUAAUAGGCAUAGCUAGUUAUUGAACCCAAAACUUACUUGAACGGAUAAAGUUGUGUCUUUUAUUGGACUGUUCUCCCUCCAUGGGGCUGAUAAUAAGCUUUAUGAGCCCACCAAGUUCCCAAGGACUACAGUACUUUAUAUGUCCGACUAACGUCCAUCCUACUGUGCUAUAGACUUACUAUGGCAUGCCUCAGCAACUAGGUUGGGGAUAUUUCAGGGCGAGAAAUAAGAGCAUGCUGGUUAAAGUGUUCUCUAGUCUUACGGUAACUGCAACUCUUUAUACCAAGAGAAAUUUGAUGAUUCUCUCGAGAGCAUUUUAUAACUGCUGACAUAACCGUUUUUUUAUGUUUUUGCCCCAUUCAGAGUUUUUUGUUUUCUAUGUUUUGUUCAUAUGUUGAAAUUUGACUAUUGAAUAUGUUUCUGCAUGUUCCUUUGACAUGAUUUGCUCUUCGGUGCUAAAGAUGAUCCUGUUAUUUUUGUGUCAAUGUGUUUGUGUGUCUUUGUGGGCAGGAUUAUAGGGCUAAAGAGGGAGAGUGUUACUGCUCUUUCAGCAGCAAAAAACACCCUCAGAGGCUGGGCACUAGUCUACUGUGUUUUUUUGCACAUCUUCUGGCUGAUUGUGCCAAUUUCACAGGGCCAGUGAAAGGAGGUUAGUGACACUUCAGAGCAAUGUGGUUGAUAACUUUGAAGGCAAAAUUGAUUUUAAACCGAAUUUAUAUUGCGCCAUUUCACUGAUAUUAGGUAGAUAAGCCAGUAUCUAAGAAUACAAACAACUACUUAAAUUAGACAUUACAGCAUCAGAACUGGAGUUAAUGGUGUCGUAUAAUCCACUUAAUAAAUUUCUUUCAAAUCAUCUUUGAAAAUUGUAGAGCUUUGAACCAGAAAGUGUCAUCACAACCCUGUGUCAUUAUAAAGCCAUGUUAUUCCAUUAUUCACUGUCUGUGGAGCAGCUCCAGGAUUUGUUUUUAGAUGACAUUAUUACUACAGCUGUGAAAUAUUACAAAAAGGACGUAUGUAUGUGAAUUCCAUUUUACGCAUGAUUUUCCCUUUAGCAAAUGAAAUCUUAAUGCUCUGUCUACCUCCUCCGACUCAAACAGCAGACUGUGUGCCCAGCGUGUGUAAUUUUGCAAUUCACUCCCGCUGUUCUGUUUCACAGCAUUUAAACAUUCCAGUAAUUAACUCCUCUCCUCCUGUCCCAUCCUGCGCUGCCCUUCCUGUGUAUAUUGUUUGUUGUACUAAUUUUACAUACUGUACAGUUAUUCUGAGGACUUUAUGAGCAGUAAUCUGCCGCCUGAAUGAAAAACAAGUGUAUUUGUCAAAAAUGGAUGUGCGAAUAAAAACAUACAAGAAAU